AUGGUGGACAGGGCUUGGGUUUAUCUUUGCAGAGCUGAUCAUGGUUAUGAGAAAGGGGCAUCAGAGUUUAUUAGAGAUGUGGCUGCGGCUCUGGGAGACGUUGAUAUGAUCGUGUGUCCUUGCAUUGACUGUCGUAACAUAGAUCGUCAUGCUAGCAAUGUUGUAGUUGAUCAUCUUGUUACGAGGGGAACGGAUGAGGCGUACAAGAGUAUUGAGAUAUGUAGAGGUUGGAUGCCAAGAAAACUUAACAUGGUAUCAGAGCUCGAUCCGCACACUCUCACGACCCGGCCUAGAAUGGGCCCGACCCCCGACCCUAGGAUUGAUGGUCUGUGA